CAUUCAAAGUUAAAAUUGUUGAACUGUUCACACGCUUUCAUGUUGAACGGAGAAGUUUUAAUUAUAUUUAAUGUAUAUUUGUAUAUUGUAUUCUGUCUAUGAGCGUAACAGAGAAAGGGAGACAGACAGAUAUACAGAAGGCCAGGGCCGAGCAGAAAGAAAGACAGAGACAGAGCAAGAGAGAUCAUAUAUAUACAAAAAUAUCCCAUUCAUAAAUCAUCUUUAGCUAGGCUUUAGUAUUAACAAAAACAAAGAAAGCUAAACUAUACGAAAGUAGAAAACAAGAAAUAAAAAUGUCAUCGACUGCGGCCAAGACGCCAUGUAUUGAUCUGGACGAAGAUCUUGAGGAUGGUGAGAUCGAUGAUGAUGACGAUGAUGAGGUUGUUGUGCAACAGUCGUUGCCUCUGCAACAGCAGCAUCAACAACAACAAAAGCAACCAAAAUCGGCCGAUGAAGAUGUGCAAUUUGUGGGAAUAGAAUCAUUAAAUCAAAAUAUUGAUAAAUCCAAGGACGAUGAUGUUGUAUUCCUUGGCCAAUCGGGUGAGGGUUCAAACAACACUAUUAAGACGAAAAAGCCCCGUCCACUUGAAGAUGAUCAUGCUGUUAGCAUUGAGAAUGCUAUUGCCAAUGCUUUAAAGAAGCGUGGCAUUGAGCCACCUAUGCCCAAAAUGCGAUCCAUGUACAAUAAUAGCACCAGCGCUGGUGGACGAGAUCCAAAUGAUGUUGGAGGCGGCGGCGUGGGCGUCGGCGAUGAUGGUGAAUCUGGACAAUAUCUUCAACAGCAGACGGCAAGUCGAAAUAGUCGUAGACGCAAACGUAAAAAGGAACGCGAGCGAAAACAGAAAAAGGACAAAGAUCAUCAGAAACGCGCUCGACAUGAUGACGAGGAGGAGACGCCUGGUGGUGCCGCUGCCGGUGGCGCUGCUAGUGAUGAAAUGGAUAUGGAUGAGUAUGAGAUGAUGAAUGUACGAGGUGGUAGUCCACCGCCAGGUGGGGCUACUGUGCCUGGAAAUCCAUAUAUGGGCGGCGAUAAUGGUCCUGGGGCUGCUGGAGGAUACGAUUCUCUUCAAGAUUAUUAUAGCAGCUAUGAUUCGUAUUCGGAUGAUGAUAUGGCUGGUGGUGGGAUGAAUCAAAGGCGACGCCAGCGCCAUGAUCGUGAUAAGGAUAACCAACGCAGCGGAAACAGUGGAAGAAAGCGCAGAGAUCGUGAUCAGGAUCGACGUCAUGAUGCUGGCGGGGGUAAUGCAGCUGGUGGUGCCGGAAGUAAUAAACGGAACCGUCGUGAUUCUGGGGAUGGACCCAUGAACAAUGAGAAAAUGAUGCGAACUGAGCCACGUAAAUUGGAGCUAUGUAAGUUCUAUCUAAUGGAUUGUUGUGCCAAGCGAGACAAGUGCUCGUACAUGCACAAGGAGUUCCCCUGUAAAUACUACUAUUUGGGCAUGGAAUGCUAUGCCGGUGAGGAUUGUCUGUUCCAUCAUGGUGAGCCGCUGUCCGAGCAAUUGCGAAAUAUUCUCCUAAAGCAUAUGGAAACGGCACCUAAAGAGAUUCUGGGUGAUUUUAAGCGUAUCGGUCGAGAUGUGGCUUUGGCCCAAAUGACACGCAGACAUGAACAACUGUGCGAACAAUAUGGACGAGACAAUUCCUGGACAACAAUGGCCAGUGCGGGUAUAGGUCGGCGACGACCAGGGGAUCAGGGGCAGCAGGACCAACAACAGCAGCAGCUUCAGCAACAACUUCAGCAGCAGCAGCAACUAUUGUCCACUUCUCCCCUGGGUGGGUCAUCAUUAGAGGGAGUAGCUAAUCAAUUAAACAAUACAGCAGCGGGUCAGCAAUUGCAACAACAAUUAGCCGGAGGACAAAUAAUUCCAUCACUACUCGAUAUGGUUAUAAAUCGACCACAGAUAAAUGAAUCGAAAACGGAAAAGAAACGUAAAUCUCGUUGGGCUGAAAAGACAGCGGCCAAAGCAGCUGCAGCAGCGGGUGCAACAGGAGCAACAGCAACAACAACAACAACAGCAGCAACAAGCACAACAACGCGAUCUAGCAAUUCUCCUGCAGCUGAUAUCGUCACCGGUUCAUCAAAUCUUCCGCCUGCUACUACUGCUGCUGCUGCUGCUGCAGGAUCAAAGUCUCUUCCUCCUCAUCUGGAUUUGGUGAAUCUCACAAACGUAUUGAGUGCCGAGCACAUGGCCAAAUUGAAUAAGCUGGGCAUAACCAAUCUAGAGCAGAUGCUUGAAGUUCCCUUUGGCCAGUUAACUGAAGUGGGUCUAACCCUAAACGAAAUAGGCGAAAUUCAACAAAAGGCCGAAGCGGCAAAACCAACCGAAUCAAAGGCGUUAACAACAACAACAACAACCACUUCAACAACAAAUAGUAGUAGUAGUAGUAUUAAUCCACCAGCGAAAUCGGAAACAACUGAGGCAAACAGCAAUUCCAAUAGCAAUGGCUUUAUAAUGGUCGAUUAUACACAAUACUUAAAGGAUGCCCAUGUUAAUUUCUCAGCCAAUGAUCCGCUGGAUGAUGAUCGGGAUGAUGAUGAACAAUUGGUCAUUGAUGAUGGCAAUGAUGAGUCUGCUGCCGAGGAAGAACCAAAAGUGAAAUCAACGAAACCAGAACAAAUAGAUAAUGAAACGCCGCCAUUGCCAUCUGUGUUCGAUUUGCCCAGUUUUAUGAGCAAUAUGAUCGGAGGAGGAGCUAAUAAGGCACCAGAGCAUCAGGCUGCGGAGACUGCGGAUGAUGAUAAAAAGGCCAAUAAAGACGGCGAUGAUGGCACUGGUGCUGCUGCUGCUCCUUCCACUAGUUCCAGCCUAUUUAGUCGAAUACUCUUUGGUGAAAAGCAACCUGAUCCCGAGGCUCGUGCUGCUUUUUAUCGUGAUAUAAUACGUAAUCCAUUCAAGGCCCAUCAGGGCGAUAUUGGAGAUGAUCAGCCCAAUGAGAACUCCAAUUCAAAUUCAAGAUCGAUGACACCAACACCGACACCAACACCAGAGCCGGGUUCACAGUCACCGCAACAAUUGGAUGAAAUGUCUUUGCCACCUCUAGAGACGCCAACAUUUAAAUCUGGUGGGACACAACAAUCAUCUCCACUUUAUGCCCGAACAUCCAUGUAUGAUUUUGAUUCCACCAAGGCUGAGCAACAAUUGGCGGCCCUACAGAAGGCCAAUGAUCAAGCAUCGAAUUCCGAACGUGAUAUUGAUAUGCGAUUACCCUUUGAGCCAAUGAAACAUUAUAUGCCAGCUACUGAAAUUGAUGCAGCAAUCUUCUCGCACACUCCCCUGCGUUGGCAGCUCCAGGAGGUGGAUGUCGAAGAGCCGAAUUAUGUACAAUUGCGUUUAAGUGCAGCCCAUAAGGAGCAGCGAGAGUUGCGCGAUCCUCGAGUUCGACGAAUUUUGGGUCUGACCGAACUGACAGCAGACGGUUCAUGUGGAAGUGGUGCUAGUGGUGGCGGUGGUGCUAGUGCCAACUUGCUAACAAACAGUGAUUCAGCCGGACGAGGUUCUGGCAAUACCAUCUCAUCGCCAGAUUCGGUUAUAAUGUCGCCAAUGGCACGUGAUACCACACCCACAUCACCACCUCCAUCAUCAUCAUCGACAACAACAACAUCAUCGUCUGCCACCAGCCAAGUGUUUUCGAGUAGCACAAAAAUGGUUUUACCGGCCAUGAAUGUGCCGCCACCGACAAUGGGAAUACCGCCACCAAAUCUUGCACCAGAGCCACAAGUACGCACCGAUCCCCGGAGAGAUCCUAGGCGAGCCCAUCUUAAUGCAUCAUCAAAUACGGCAAAUACUUCAAACUCUUCCUCGAAUUCAUCUAGUUCAAUAUCAACAAAUUCCUCAUCCACAUCUCAAACGAAUCCCAGCGGCGGAAGCAAACAAAUUCUCGAGAUACGAAAUCUAAUGCAGAGCUCCAAUUGGUAUAAGAAUCUGGGCAGUAAUAACAAAAUCAUGGUCAAUCAGCAAUUGGCUCUGGUUUUCACCGAACUCAAGAAAUUCCAUCAACAGGAGGGAAAUAAUAAGAUCUUUGAUUUGAAUUUCAUUGUGAACAAUUCGACAUUGCAGCAGAUCUUUGCCAAGCUGUAUAUCUAUAUCGAUGACAUGGGCCAGGUUGUCCAGUUGCCCGAAGAUUUACCAACGCAAGGAGUGUCAUCAGCGGCGGCGUCAUCAUUGAUAUUACCAAAUUUAUCGCAACCGCCACCGAAUAUGGUACAAAUGUUGCGGCAACCACCACCGAAUAUGUGUGGUAAUGCACCUGGUGGUGGCCUAAUCAUGCAAAUGGGUAUGCCACCGCCGACAGUGGUGUUUAAUCAACCACCACCAUCCAGGCCCAGACUAUUGGGUAUGGGGCCGGGAGGUGGAAAUGGCGGCGGAGGAGGAGGAAACGGCGGCGGAGGAGUUGGAGGCGGGAUGCCAUUGGGCAAUAAUAACAAUAAUCUGUUUAAUCCAUUUUCAGGUGGAGGCGGUGGUAAUGGAGGCAACAUGGGCAUGGGCAUGCCCUUUAUGAAUAACGGGGGCGGGGGCGGGGGCAUGCCCUAUAAGAAUUUCAAUAACAAUGGAGGAGGACCUGGUGGUAAUGGAGGCGGCAAUGGGGGUGGGGGACAUCAUCACUUCUCUGGCGGUGGUAACAAUCGGAAUCAGCGUGGCAAUGGUCCACGUAAUCAUCGUAAUAAUAUCUAAAAACAAAAUCCCCAAACUUUUUUCGACAAAUAAUGCUGAUGAUUUGAUUGAUGAUGAUAAUGAUGAUGCACAUGAUCAUGCCCAAAAACAACUAAAGAACUGGCCCCUCUUUAUCAGAACUGCUGAUCGACCCAAUAUCCCUCCUCCUUGCUGUCCACUAUAUGUUAUGUUAUGCCCCUAUUUCAAUUUUCCCACCUCCUCCCCACUCAACCACUCUUACAAUUUGAUCCGAAGGAAAAAAAAAGAAAGAAACAAAGAAAUAUGUUUAUCUGUUUUCGUCUUCUGCCCCGGGCCUUGACUGUUAUUAUACAAUAUGAGAGUAUACAGAUAUAUACAUCUGUAUGUUUUUAUUAUAGAUAUAUACGCAUAUACAUAUAAAUAUAUAUUUAUUCCUACAUUACGGUUUUUCUUAGUUUAGGAACACGACUUUUUUUUUUUGUUUUUUCGAAGCAACAGCGAAAAAAGAAAAUAUUUUUUUGUACGACUUUUUAACUAAGAGAAAGAGAAUUAAGUAGGUUAAAUUCAAUUGUGAAUUGUAUUACAACAAAAAAACAACAAUUUGUUUAGAUAUACAACAAGAAACAAAUAAAACUUAUGGUAUAUUAGUAUUAUUACACAGA